AUGGAUGAAGUACAAUAUUCUAUGAUGAGCAGCGGUGUGAAGAAAGGUCAAGGAGCGAAACAGAAUGGGGGUGCUAUUCCCGCAGGUGUUGGGCAGGAUUUGAGUAGGAAGGAUAAGAAGCGAUUACAGUUUGAAGGGAAAGUGGGAAAGAUAAGAACGUCGUUUGCAAAGGAUAAAGAUGUGCAUUAUAGGGAUAGGUUGACUCUGUUACAGACAGAUUUAACGACGCUGCAUCAGGGGAAUAACCCUGAAUUUCUGAGGAAAUUGAGGGAUCUUGAAGAAGAUAGGGAUUUGGAAUUAGUUAGGCUCAGGCUUUUCGAAGAGUACCGGAUUUACAGGUCCAAAGUAGAGUUCCAAGAAGAUAUUGAAAAAGCCAAGCAAGAACAUGAAAGGAUGAUCAAAUUGUGCAAAGAGAUGUUGUAUGAAUCCCUACAGAAAACUAUCAAGAAAUUGCAAGAGGAACGGCUACUUCUGGAUGUAGCAAACACACAGUCUUAUUCGAUGGAUUAUUCUCGAGGGAAAUUCCAGAAGCAGACUAGAAGCUCAACUCAAAAUUCAGCCAAUUUUUCGGCUUGGGAUUCGUCACCGAACGAUGUCAGCCAAACAGAAAGUGGCAAUGAGACUGGUAAUACUACCGAUAGGAGGUCAUUGCGUAGGCGUGCUGCUACUAAUCAGAAUAGAGCUCAAACUCCUGCAAACAUUACACCUGCAAACGGAAGCGGGAAAUCAAGCAAUACUAAUAGCGAUGCAGAGUCGAUGCAAUAUCUGAGCGAUUCAUCAGAAUUACAGGCUUUAUUGUUCGGAAAGGAAAAGGAAAAGGAAAAGAAGAUGGGUCGAGGUCACCAAAGACUUUCGACAAAAAGCGCUCCUAUUCUUCAAUCUUUAACUCCGGAUGAGGUUACUGAUGAUAUAUCUUUGAUAAGAAAGCUAACGGGCCAAGUACCAGCCCCAUUCAAAUGA